GAAAAUGUCUGUAUGUGGCGCAUGUUGAAAAAGGGCUACGAUAGGACCCGGAAGCAGGCCGAGAAGAGGGAGAUUGUCUUGGGGGUCAAGAGGGUCCUAGAAAAAAAAUUUGGACGUAGCCACGACGAAUUGGCAAUUGUGAAGAAGUGGUCGGAUCUGAAGCGGAGGCACCCAGACUGGGUCAAAGAGCUCAGUGAGAGAGUCUGCCCAGGGCUUCCAGUGCCAACGGUCCGCCGCCGUAUCACCACAGCGGAUUUAGAUUUGGUGGAGGUCUCCGCAGAGGAGGAGGAGGAGGAUGAUCAGGCAGGCCCCUCCCACAGUCGUAUAGGUGCCAGCAAUCCACCUGAUGUGGGGAAUGAUGAGGAGGUGGCAGCUGACGUGCCCGGACCCUCUGAAGGGCCGAAAACAUCUGGUCCAGCUCCUGCUGAGGAGAAUAUCCCCACUCCAGCUCCUGAUGAAGAGGAUGAGGAGUUAAUUACCACCCCACACCAGGAGGUAAUCAAUAAAAUUGACACAAAAAUUGCGAACAUGAAAGAGAGGCUUUGGAAAACAAUCAUGGAAUUCCGAGCCCACAUCAGAAAAUCUCAGAAGAUGCUGCAGGAAUUCCAUGAUCAAUAUGGAGAGGACCUGAAAGAACUGACAGGCUUGCAGAAACAACGGCAAAACUUGCCGUAA